AACUGCUGGUGUUGGUACCACAGUCUUCUCAUCUUCUGUAGCUGCAAAUGUUGUUCAGAUGGCAAAUGAGAAAAUGAAGACAGAGCGUGAGGAAACACAGACUGUUGGUGGCUGGGAGAGUCUCUUGAAAAAGAGAAAAGGGCUAGAUGAUAAUGGUAAUGGUUAUGGUGGAACUGGCAUGGGAAGCUUAUUCGGAUUAAGAAAGGGUGGUCUUGGUACCAGAGAGUUGACGCCACUUGAACUUAGGAACAUGCUGAUGGCGAAGGCUCGGAUUGAGAUUUCUACUAAGUUAAAAGAAUGGAGCGCAGAGACUAUAACCAAGGCUGUAGACAGAAAAAAAGAAAAAGAGAAAAGUUUUGUAAAAGGCGACACCCGUGAACUGAAUGGGAGUGGAGUGUCUCGUUCUAUGGAAAGAGACCAAUCCAAGAAGUGUUUUGCUAGCACUUCUGCUGAUGAUGUGGAUAAAAAGGGCGUCGCACUUAUGUCAAUUAAUGUACCUGAUCCUGAUUUUCAUGAUUUUGACCAGGACCGGACAGAAAGGUCUUUUGAAGAUAACCAAGUUUGGGCUGCGUAUGAUGAUGAUGAUGGCAUGCCUCGUUUUUAUGCUAUGAUUCAUAAGGUGAUAUCCUUUAAGCCAUUUAAGAUGCAGAUAAGUUGGCUUAACUCAAAAAACACCAGUGAAUUUGGUACAACAGACUGGGUAGGUUCUGGUUUCUCUAAAACUUGUGGGUUUUUGAGGGUUGGCAAACAUGAAUUCACCGAGUCUCUAAAUUCAUUUUCCCACAAAGUUAAGUGGGAAAAAGGUCCACGUGGGACUGUUGGCAUAUAUCCCAAGAAGGGGGAUGUGUGGGCUGUCUACAGAAACUGGUCCCCUGACUGGAAUGAGCAUACUCCAGAUGAAGUGAUACAUAAGUAUGAGAUGGUGGAAGUGCUUGCUGACUAUGAUGAGGAUCAAGGUGUGUAUGUUGCUUCUCUUAUCAAGGUCGCUGGUUUCAGGACUGUCUUUUGUCCAAAUACAGACCCCGAGAAAGUAAGGAGAAUACCAAAAGAGGAGAUGUUUCAAUUCUCUCAUCAAGUCCCACACUAUUUGCUCACAGGUCAAGAAGCUCAAAAUGCUCCAAAGGGCUGCCUGGAACUGGACCCAGCAGCUUCCCCUUUGGAACUUCUUCAGGCAAUUACAGAAGCUAAUGAUGGGAAAGCUGGAAAAGAGAUGUCACAGAGUGUCUCAGAAAUUGGGGUAGACGAGAUUGUGACUAAUACCACAGAGGCCAAGGAAGAACAGAUGGUAGAGAAUGGUGUAUAAACCAAGGAAGGAGAGAUGGUAGGCACCAUGAAGUAGCCGAGGAAGCUGCCGUGGUAGAUAAUGCCGAAAAAUGCUGAAGCAGAACAAGAAGUUUGCUGGAGAUACAGUGUGAGUUUGGUUUUUAGUUAUAUGGUUUAGAAUUAAAAGAGGAGGACGUUUUGGUGACAAUGAUAGAACUUAUGCAUUGGCUUUCAUGAAGUCAAGUCUAACCGCAGUUUUGUCUGCAAAUUGAAUACUAGCUUAUAGGAUCGAAAUACAUGAUUCUUGUUUAAUUUUUAUUGGUCAAAUGUGAAUGCUCACUUACCUAUUGGAUUUGCCUCUUAAGAAUAGGGUUUUCUACUUAUCUUCCUGCUCAUCGUAAAUAGUUUAUACUCAAGGGACCAUUCGUUGGUUGCUUUAUGAUCAAUCAAGUAUACUAAUGAGCAACCUAUCUUUUUCUUGUACCUAACAUUGAUUUGUUCAAUUGAUUUACCUAUUCUAAGAUGAAUUAUGUUGUA